AUGCUCCCUUCUGUCCUCCUGCUCAUCAACUGGGAGAACCCGUGGUAUACGUGCACGGCGACAUGCGGCGACACACAGGCGCUCGCCGACUCGAUUACGAUAGCGCACGGCUGCCCGCCGGCAACGGUGGACGGAAUCGAGGUGUGCUACAACUGCCUCCUCGCGCUGCCCGACAACUUCCGGGACGCGCUCCUCCCCGCAAUGAGCAACCUGCGCGACGGCUGCAAAAAGUUGGGCAAGACGACGGCGGUCGAUAACGGGCCCGAGCCGACCGCCGCGGACGACGAGGACGACGCGAUGCCCACGCCAAGUGGGGGCACAGUGGUCGUCUACACUCCGGCAAAUGCCACUGCUACCCCGUCUGCGGGGGGCGUUAACGCCAGUACUAGUGGCGGCGCGUCGCCCAGCGUAAGCCCGUCGGCCAAGCCCAGCUCGGCGGGCACGGCAGCAGGGGUUAGUAUCGGCGCGCUGGUCGCGCUCGUCGCGACGUACGCGUUGCUCUGA